UCGACACCCAGGGGCCUAGCUCCGCAUUCGGCACCCCGAACCCUAGCUCCACAUUUGGCACCCCGAGCCCCGCGCCUCGAGCCCCGCCGCCGCCGGCGCUCAUGGGUCUCUUUGCUAUCGCCCGCCGGUCAGCGAUCUCCUACGCCGCGCCCCUCCGCGCCUCCGCCUCGGCCGUCGUGUCCGAAGAGCGUCCGUUCUUAUUGACGAUGAACCACCCAUCUCCCCCACUCCGCGCCACGAGAGGCCUUCUCCGCGACGAGACCUCCUGCCACGACACGCUGUGCCAGUUGGCGGCUGGAAUCAUGCAAAGCUCCCCAGGCGACGCGGCCUUCAUCUCAAGUGAUAGGGCCUCCUACCACGACAAGCCACUUGAGAUGGGAGGUGGAAGAUCCCCAAAUGUGCAAAGCUAUCCGGUGACUUCGGGUCGAUGGAGGGCCACUGAGCUAUCUGCACAUGUGGCAUGGCCAAGGAGCUGCUCGUUUGGAAGGAGGCGGCAGUUUUCGUCAACUUCAAAUGGGGCUAAGCUGCCUCUGAUUUCACAAUUGAUGUACACAAAUUAUCUUGAUAUUGCAUUGGAUAAGUGGCUGGAUCCCAUCACAUAUGCGAAGAAUUUUCCACUUCUGCAUGAAGUAAAGGCAGAAAAGUUGAUUAGAGAAGAAGAUUUGAAUGCUGCAACCACUUCAAGGUACGAGUUAACAGAAGAGGGAGACAGUACCAUUGACUCAAUUCUGUCAUUAAUUGCUGUGAACCUUAUGAGGGGGCGGAAUGUUACCAAGUUGAUUAAUGUGUACAACCUGGCAAUAUCAACUAGUCGUGCUGGGUUCGCAUUCAGGACAACGGCAAUGGAAGAUGAGCUGACAGGAUUUGAUAAUCAUCAUUUGGCUUACAAGGCAGCGUUAGGUUUGAUACGGCAAAUGCUGGAGGCAUCUGUUGGUGGUGCAGUUCUGGACGAGGAGCUUCCUGGAGGCCUUCUGAAUCUUCUUGACAAACUUAGUGAUGCUAUACUCGUAGACAAGCGAUUGCUCACUUGUCAUGCCAGUAUCCUUAAACCUCUGGCGUUGCAACAGCUGCUGCAAAGGAUUGACCUUACCCUUGGUGAUGAAUGUAGUGAAUUUGGUACACAAGAUGACUUCCACCGCAGGGAUUGUUUGCUUGCGGCAUUGCCAUACUUGGAUGCUGAUAAUUCAUACUGCCUGCAUGACCACCAUCCAUGUUUUUCACAGUGACUUGACUUCCGCUUUAAACAGAAAAAAAAGAGGUGUAAUGACCCAGCAAAGAUUGGGCCUCCAUGGCCGUUAUUUAUUGCUGGACGGUCAUUGGUGAGGUUACACAGGUAUGGCUUGUCUCACCCGUAUGGUGUUGCUCAGAUUGCACCAGAGACACCUUAUGAUACCUCUGAUGUUCUGAAGCUGUUCAAGUUCCGUUUCUCGAAGUACCCUGCAGAAGCUCAAGAUGGAUUCUCAAAAGCCGGGUGGGUAGAGAAAUUGGAUAUGCCAGGUUUGUGCCCAGAAAAGGAAGAGUUUGCUGGGUGGACAGAUGUCAAGAUGGACGAAGAUGGCAAAACAAUCCUACUAAUGUAGUUUAGUUCAUUGGGAUGUAG